AUGACUGCUGCCAUUUGGAUAUUCUAAAAGAUGGAAACUCCGCUGGGAUUUACACACUCUGUUUGUGUCUGCUUGUAUUGUCCAUAUACACAUAUUCUACAUUCGUCUUUAUAUAAAAGCAUACUGUUGACAUUUUCUGCUCCAACUGCGAUCCGAUGUGGAACGACAUGGUGUGAAAAUGUUGGGUACGAAUCCUGUAUUCGUCCACCGGAAAUUCGUUCAGAGCAGGACUCGGACUGUUACUCGUGUGACAAGCUGGCGUUGGUCGGUGACCCCUGUGACCCCGUAAACAGCAGACUGGGCUGCGUCUUGUAUUGCAUAGACAAGGCUAAAGAGAAUGAAAAUCAAAUAUGGAACCAGUCGCAGGAAGCUAUGAACCUGACAUGGCAGAAUCUCGUAAAAGAAAAAGACAACAAUAUAACACUUUUUUAUAACAGUGCAGUAGAUUAUGCAAGAAGAGUGAAAGAUGCGAACAGAAAAAUGCAACUAUACUUUGUGCUCUUUGUAACAACGCUUGUUGCCCUUUGUUUGAUUGUUCCGGUAGUAGUGAUGUGGGUUCGCUGGAAAUAUCGCAGGUACCAACAAGUUGGAACAAUUAACGAAGAAGAUCCUGGCGAGCAUUCGACGACCUCAGGACCAUAUUCAGAAACACAGUCAGAACUCGCCCAAUCCGUGGAUGAGUCAAUUGUCAGGCCUAUUGAGUCAGUGAUCGAAGUAACCGAUGUCGUCUCCCGUGAGACCACCGAGGAUGGAGAAAAAGAUUCACAGAAUGACCCAACAAUUCAAUCAGACGUAGAAGAUUUUCGCGACGGUCGACUAAAUAACAUUUCUCCACAACAGAAUGACAUGCCAUCUUUGUAUACGGGCUCCCGUACACCGUUUACGGUCAAUAGUGAAAUUAUUUAAAGAAAAUAAACAAUUAAAGUAUACAUGAUUAACAUUCGAUUUGAUUGCAAUAGAUCACUAUCACGAGGUUUAUUAUUACGAGGAUAUUUGAUACUCUCAACUAAGUCUUUGACUGUGCGGUGUUAACGAAAUUGUCUGCGACCUAUUGCGUCGUCAAGGUUACGAGUUUAAACUGUACAUAUUUUUUCAGACUGUAAAAUUAAAUUUUAUACGUCAAUUUGACAAUCAAGUUACCAUUAUACACGUAUUGAAUUCAAAUAAAAUAGUAGGGUGAAAUGUAAUGACACAUAGUUUUGCUUCGUUUAUUCGGAAAGACAAGAUAAAGUGUCAGUUGUAUUUUGGAACAGAAUAUUUGGCAAGAUGUCAUUCAGUCAUUCAGACACACACAUUUGAUGUAAUGACAGCGUGGACCUUACACACUGAUCUUUGUGUACAUCUAGUGGAAAAGGUACGAGCAAUAUACCUGCCGUUGAUAUGAAUGUCUUUGUUAAUGACCUUAAUGUAGUUGUGUGUUAGGGGUAUUAUAUGAGGAACAGUUAACGAUGUAUUGUAAACAAUUAUUAUGUUAAGAAAUAUUGAAAAGAGUUGUAAUUUGAUUAUUUAACGCGUAUUGUUUUAUACUGCUUUCCAUUUUUGCAACGCGUUGCUUAUUUAUAUGAAUAUAUUAUAAAUAAUUGCACA